GCUGCCGUGACCGCUGCCGCGCCCGCCCCGCUCCGCCAUUUUGAAGGCGACCCGCUCCCUCCCUCACCCCGGCCUCAUCGGCAUGCAAAUUGACCUUUCUUGGCUCUGAAUUCCCAGAGAAUUUGCUGCUGGGGCGUGCUGUUAUUUUUGUCUCACAUUGAGAGAGCUGGGGUUUGAUAUUCCCGAGCCAUGGAAAACAGCAUUGCAGGGCGUCCCAAUGGACACAGAACUGCUGGGGAAAUUCGGUGUCAAAUCUGAACAUCUCUGCUUUCACUGGAAUCUGUCUCAUGUCCAUUGACCACAGGGAAACCAGCUGUAAAAACUACUUUAAAAAAAGAAUAACUUCGGAUUGAUUAAGCAGAUUUUUAUUUUUGACCGUUAAAAGUUUCUGCAACUUCUGACGUUCAAGAUAACUCUGGCACAGGUCAUACAUUGGUGCAGCUUGCACAGAACACAUCGUAACAUCCUCCAAGGACAGUAACAAAUUCCCAUUUUCCCCUGGCAAAAGGGUACCCAAAAGUAAAUAUAAUUUAUACACCUGCCUUUCAUGAAAGACUUUAAUAAAUAUUUAUUUUAUAAUCGACAGCACAGCUGCAACUUUCAGUCCUAUAAGGACAAAAAAAAGAUCUCCUGCCUUUACAAAAGGCACACACGCAUCCUGAACCUCACAAACAGCCCUGGCUCGUGAGCAAGACAUCCCGAGGAAUUUCCUCUACAUAGUUUGGGAUAUGGUUUAACCAUUCUCAGAGCGUGCUCAGUACAGACUAUAAAUAUUAUAGAACCUCUCAUGGCACCGUGGGAAGGCCAGAUUCCCAAAUGUGUCCAGUGAGACCCCGGGGCAUUCCAGGUGGGGAGCCCGAGGAGCCAGAGGAAAAGCAGGGACACUUUUGGGAAUUCUGCCGGUCCCAGGGCUCACAGCUUUCCCAGCAGAGCUACACGCACAACCUCGCAGAGGUUAAGAACAGCCGUCGUUCCGCUCCGAACGACCCCUGCAGCCCUCCCAGCAGGAGGAUACAGCUCACAUUCCCUCAGAACAACUCUGUCUCCGCGCGGUGGGAUCCUCGCAGUCCUUCUGGGAGAAGGGGAGCUCACAUCCAUGCAGAGCAAUGACCUGCAAAGGGGAAACAUUCUUCCCUACUCGUGAGAGGAGUGGGGGCGACUUGUACAGCAAGUCAUGGUCUCCUCUGGAACACGGGAAAAGUCCAAAAAUCACGGAAUCGUGAACUGCCGGUGCCCGCGGAGGCUUUGGAAUCGCUUCGGUGCUGCUGGUUUUGGUGGAAGCUGGUGGCUGGAGGAAGAAGCAGAGUCCCCAGGUGGCACCUGUGCCCUCCGGGAGCGGCAGCUCAGCUUCCCCCGCGGUGCUGCGCCCGUGGAACGGAGGGACGGGGGUUGCAGAGCGGCUCUGGGGCUCUGCCCCUCAGGAUCAUCCUGCCGCGGGCUCUUGGCUGCUAGAGCUGAAAGGGCAGGAGAGGAGAAAAGUGUUACACGGGGAGGAGCCGGCUGGAGCUUUUCCCAAAGGAAAGGGCAGCGAGAGAGAUGGGGAUGUGAUGGGGAGCACUCACCUCGCCCGUAUCCCGGCUCGCUCACAGCCAUCCCCCCAGGAUUUCGCCUUCCCCCAGCUCGGAGUUGGGCCGGUGUCUCUGAAAUCCCUUCUCCAGGAGCAGUUCCAGCUGCUGUAAAUCCGAGCCGGGGUUCCCGGAGCUGUAACACAGAAGGGGGAGAAGGGAAGGUGAGCAGCGAGGCUUCCCCUCCCCAACAACACCCCAACAGCUCUCAGCACCCCGGAGUGCGGCCCUUCCCGGCUCUCCAGCAGACACUCACCCUGUGCUUCCUUCCCUCCGGGCGAUGGGAUGUCCAGGGAGAGAGCAUCGUUAUCCCAAGGGCUGCUUUCAGCUCCGAGUGGAGAAGGGAGCCGGGAUCUGCCCUAUUUAUACGCAGGAGCCGCAUUACAAAAGUCUGGGUCCGGAGCGACUCGGAGUUUCCCACAGUCUCCAGCCAAUCCAUGCGUGCCCGGGACAAAGGGAAAGCAUCCAUUACAGCAUGGCAAAUUGACUGUGAAUUGCCUGGGGAUAAUACCCCGCUCCCAAAGGAGCAGGUGGGCUGGGGAGUGUGGGACACAAUAGGGUUUGGCAUCGCGGCGCUGGGCAGGGAACGUGGGAAAGCGUUCGUCGUCAUUAUCAUCCAGCUUCUGCCUGAUGUUGGGAACGUCAACAUCUCCAUGUGCUGCUUUUUCCCAGGCUGGGUUGAAAUCAAGCACAGAAGACUGAUCCCAGGAAGAGAUAAUGCUCUGAGCCCCAAAGAGAGGUUGAAAAGGGAAAGAUGCAGAAUUAGAGGGACUAAACCCUUUCAUCGACAUUAAACCGUGCUUAGAUGAAUACAGUACCAGAUAAUUUUCAGGCAACGAGAGACUAAAAUCGAGGGAAGAGCCCUUCAAACACUUAGCUUGAAAUAUUUUCCUCUCUAUUGUUUAAAAUCCCUCUGUAAGUUAUACCCAGAGCUCUUCCUUGCUUUUGUUUGGGUAAUCUGGGCUUUCCUACAGCAGCCCGUGACAUGUAAUGAUUGUGAUGUCUUUCCCAAACAUGUCCUGUUUAAUUUCAUGCCACUUUGUAAAUGCCUCACUGUUCCUGAGUCUCCACCUAAAUAUAUUUCCCAUUUACAGACAACUGAUAGGGAGAGAGAGGUCAAUUCUUGCCUUCUCUUUUGCUAUAUUAUCCCCUUUUCAGGAGGUGCUACAGGUGUGAGGCCUUCCUGUGACUUUGCUCAGUCUUGGUUCUUCUCACCUCUGUGCCACAGGUAAUGAAGGGGAAAGAACCAGACAAGAUUCGGGAUUGGAGCUGCCUUGUAGCAAUAUUUUAAUUUUCUUCCAGGAUGUUUUAUGCUGCCAGCUCAGGUCUGCUGCCCCCUCCCAGCACAAUCCCAGUCAUGUUUGGGAUCUGUCAGUCAGGCAUGGCAGGCCUCAUGCAGUUUUUGAAUACCUGUUUUUUUACAACUACAACAUUGAUGAUAAACCCUGCUUAUUUCUUGUCUCUGCCUUUCAAAAUCAGACAGGAAACUUCUCAUUUUCCUGUCAGUUGCAGGCAGGCAGUUCCACCUGCCCUCAGCAUCUCUCUCAGGGCCAAACCUGUGCCAUGGAUACCUGGAUAGCAAAAUGUCCCAGCACACAGUGAAUAAAAAGACAUAAUUCUGCAAAAGAUGAUCCUGUAACCCAUUAUUAACCCGAAGAUUUUAAGGCCUUUUUCUAUGCCUGGAUCCUCGUGGAUAUCCAUAAGCCAGGUCUAUUCCCGUCCCAGCCCAAAGACACUUUAUCUUUAGAUGGAUCACUUAGGGCACAACAAUUUUAAUUCUUGAUGGCUGUCAAAAACUAUAACUGAACACAGACCAUGAGUCCCACUCAAAAUCAGUUUGCUGAAUUAUUUUGUCAGCUUGUAAUCUGCAGUAUUCCUUGGGGUUGGGGCUAUCCCUGGCUGCAUGUGCUUGUGCUGUUACUGCAGAGGGAAGUGAAGCUCGGGAUUCCUGGAGGGAUGCAGGGACAGCAGGUCCUGCCACGCCCCGCAUGGGAAGGAGGAUGCUGGCGG